AUGUCAACAACGACGAGAGUCAUUCCCUUGACGACCACAUUCAUUCCUCCAUCCUCUUGCCUUCUCAUCAACCCUGUCCAAACAUCGGCCAAUGAAAUCAACGCUUCUUACGGUGAUGAUAUCAGUGCUUCUUUCGACGAUGUGAGCGCCACUAGCAUGGUAUAUACAAUCGGGCCAACCACGAGUGCCUCGCAAUGUUUUCCAUCGGGUUGGAAAUCAAGUUCUUAUUUCUCGCCUGGCCUUUGUCCCAGCGGCUAUACGGUUGGUUUCAGCACCCGGGUCAAUAUUAAUACCAUUACCGAAACCCGCGCAUCAUGUUGUCCUUCGUACGUAACGGGCAUCCAUCCUCUGCUUUGGUCGUACUGGGAACUGGAGGCUUGUACUAAUUCAAUCACACUUGACAGAGAGCUAAACGCUAAUGCCGGCCAAACUGGCGCGCCCUGCCACGGCUGGGCAGUGGAUGCAAAUGGGAGUUACCUGGGCGUGCUCUAUGCGGACGCUGUUUCCAUCCGGUGGCAAUCGACCGACUUCACCCAAGCUACCGCCACUACGAUCUAUACAACAUCCACCGAUUUGCCCGAAAUACCAACGGGCCAACACUCGGGGUUGCCCGAAAUACCAACGUACCAUCACUCGGGGCUGACAACGGGUGCAAAAGCAGGGAUCGGGGUGGGUGUUACCCUAGGCGUGAUUCUUGCUGUCGGCGGAGCUCUGGGUUUCUUUUACUUCCUACGCAAAAGACGCGGAGGUCUGUCACAGGCCCCCGAUGAGCCUGGGAACAUGACAGGGCCUGGUAAUAAGACAGAAAUGAAUGCAGUUGCUGAUCAGCAGCCUGCUGAGCUGCCCACGCCGACAUAUUUCACGGCCGAGUUGCCUUCAAAUCACUUCAGCUUUCAAGAACCUAUGCCAGCGGAACUUGAUGGGCGCCAUGAACACGAGAAAUGA